AUGGUCAAUUUGCCUGUGCUGUCCAAGCGCUACAACAUGGCUAAUGCCUGUGGGGGUGUGGAUCUGGGGGCUGAUGGCUGUGGCCAGGAUGUAUGGAAACACAUACUCUGGCUAGGAAAAACACCAGUGAUUUUGCUAAAUGGAUUUCAAGUAGUGAAGGAUGCCUUGAUUGGUCAUGCAGAAGAAUUUUGUGAGACACCCAUGGCAUCCCUUCUUAGGGAUGUCGUGGGAGGCCCCUAUGGCAUCAUCUCUGCCAAUGGGCACAUCUGGAAGAUGCAGAGAUGGUUCAGCCUGAUGGCUCUGAAGAACCUAGGACUAGGGAAGAAAAGCCUGGAAGCCUGGAUCCAAGAGGAAGCUCACUGCAUGAUUGAUGUCUUUGCCAGAGAAAGAGGCAUGGAUCUCUCUGUCCCACUCCCUUCUUCCAUCAACAAUAUGAUUGCUGAUGUGCUUUUUGGACAUUGCUUCUCUACAGAGGCUGCCAUGUGCCAGAGGCUGCUCAGAGGCUCCCAGGCCAUGGCAGAAUUCCACGGCACCUCCUGGCCUCAGGCAAAGGAUGACCCACUCUCUACAUUCACUGAAACCAACAUGGUGCAAGCAAUCACAGAUCUCUUCAUAGCAGGCUUAGACAGCACCACUAUCACUUUGUGCUGGGCUCUCCGUGAUGGUAUAUCUGGAAGUACAAGAACGAUCCUGCCAUACACAAAUGCAGUUCUACAUGAGAUUAUGCACUAUAGCAGCAUAAGUGCAUACGAUACCUUAAUUUUCCCCAACAUAUUUUCUGUCCUGUAUGAUCAAAAGCAAUGGGAGAGUCUGAUGUUUAACCCUGAUCACUUCCCAGACAAGGAUGGAAACUUUGUGAACAGAGAAGACUUUAUGCUGUUUUCCGCAGAUUAUGAGCACAUGUUUGAGCCCAUAAAACAACAGGAUGGGAGUUCCAGUG